GUAAUAUUUUUUUUGUAUUUAAGCAGGAAAGAGAUUAAACUAUCAUAUCUUUCACACGGAUUGUUUGUACUUAAACGGAAGCAGUUACCAUGGGAACAUAUCAAUGACAGCCUCAGGUAUUCCAUGUCAGUCAUGGACAGAACAAUGUCCUCAUCGUCAUACCAUGAACACCAUGUAUCCAGAAUUAAACAACGCGAAGAAUUACUGUCGCAAUCCCAAAAACUCGGGACAGCGACCUUGGUGUUUUACUACAGAUAGGAACAAGAGAUGGGAGUACUGUGAUAUCCCUAAAUGUACACCAGUUCAUGGUAAUUAUGGCAACUGGUCAUUGAGCAGUCCGUGUAAUGUAACUUGUGGUGAAGGUUUUGAAACAUGGACACGAAAUUGCAACAAUCCUGAGCCAAAGUUUGAUGGAACAAACUGUAGUCAUCUAGGAGAGGCUAUUGAGCACAGACCAUGUCAGACAACACCAUGUCCUGUUGAUGGUGGUUAUAGCAACUGGAGUUUGAAUUCUCCUUGCAAUGUUUCGUGUGGUAAUGGAACUGAAAUAUGGCGACGUACUUGCAAUAAUCCAGAACCAAAAUACGGAGGCAGUAACUGCAGUGAACUGGGGAAGUCAAUGAGGUUAACGAAGUGCGCCAAAAAACCAUGUCCAGUUGAUGGUAACUAUGGCAACUGGACAAAAUUGUCGCCAUGA